ACACUAUCAGUUCGCAACGAGAGCCUCAGCGGAGAGGUUCGGACAUUCCAGUUCUCAGUUCUCAGUUCUCCGAUUAGCCCCGAUUAGCCUCGAACUGAGCCGAUCCCGCGCAAGAGCAUAUCAAGAGCAAGAUGCGACGCCAAAUGUCCUACCGGUUUGAAGAUCAAGACGACUCCUCAUAUGGCUUAAGGAUGAAUCGGCGCUUUUCGAGAGUGGAGUCCGGCGUGGACCUGAAGGAUUACUUCGAUCGCGGCGAUAUUGCGUCGCGCGAGAACCGCUGGAACUUUGAGGUGGCAUGGGAGGUGGCCAACAAAGUGGGCGGCAUUUACACAGUCAUCCGGUCCAAGGCGUAUGUGUCCACCGAGGAGAUGGGCGAACAGCUGUGCAUGAUGGGGCCCUACAAGGAGGUCUGCGCCCGCACCGAAAUGGAGGAAAUGGAAUUUCCGCGCGGCAAUCCCCUGCUCGAUGCCGUCAACUCGAUGCGCUCGCGCGGCUACAAGAUCCACACCGGUCGCUGGCUGGUGGACGGCAAUCCGCAGCUCAUUCUGUUCGACAUUGGCUCCGCGGCCUGGAAGCUGGACCAGUUCAAGUCGGAGAUGUGGGAGAAGUGUCACAUUGGCAUACCCCAUCUGGAUAUCGAGACGAACGAUGCCAUCAUACUGGGCUUCAUGAUCGCCGAGUUUCUCGAGGAGUUCCGCAACUUUGCCAUCAGAUACUCGCAGAAUCAUGACCUAAAUGCGCCCCGAAUUGUGGCCCAUUUCCAUGAGUGGCAGGCCGGCGUGGCGCUGAUUAUGCUGCGCACACGACAGGUGGAAAUAGCCACCGUGUUCACCACCCAUGCCACCCUGCUCGGUCGCUACUUGUGCGCUGGCAAUACGGAUUUCUACAACAACAUGGACAAGUUCGAUGUGGACGAGGAGGCGGGCAAGCGGCAGAUCUACCAUCGAUACUGUUUGGAGCGUGGCGCCACGCAUCUGGCGCAUGUGUUCACCACCGUCUCGGAGAUCACGGGCUUCGAGUCGGAGCAUCUGCUCAAGCGCAAGCCGGACAUUAUCACGCCCAACGGUCUCAAUGUGAAGAAGUUCUCGGCCAUACACGAGUUCCAGAACAUGCACGCCGUCGCCAAGGAGAAGAUCAACGAAUUUGUGCGCGGUCAUUUCUAUGGCCAUAUGGACUUCGAUCUGGACAAGACAAUGUAUUUCUUUAUUGCCGGCCGCUACGAGUUCAGCAACAAGGGCGCCGACAUCUUCAUUGAGGCUCUGGCGCGUCUGAAUGCCAUGCUGAAGUACGAGCGACCCGACACCACUGUGGUGGCGUUCCUUAUCUUUCCCGCCAAGACGAACAACUUCAAUGUGGACUCGCUGCGUGGCCAUGCGGUGAUCAAGCAGCUGCGUGACACCAUCAACAAUGUGCAGCAGGCGGUCGGCAAGCGCAUGUUCGACACCUGCCUCAAGGGCCUGCUGCCCAAUGCGGCUGACCUGCUGGAGAAGGAUGAUGUGGUGAAGAUCAAGCGUUGCAUGUACGCCAUGCAGCGCGACUCAAUGCCGCCGGUUACCACACACAAUGUGGCCGAUGACUGGAACGAUCCGGUGUUGGCCUCCAUUCGUCGCUGUCAUCUCUUCAAUUCGGUUAACGAUCGCGUCAAGAUGGUCUUCCAUCCAGAGUUCCUAACCCCGACCAAUCCGCUGUUUGGCAUCGAUUACGAGGAGUUUGUGCGCGGCUGCCAUUUGGGCGUAUUUCCCUCAUACUACGAGCCCUGGGGAUACACGCCCGCCGAGUGCACGGUCAUGGGCAUACCCAGUGUGACGACGAAUCUGUCUGGCUUCGGCUGCUUCAUGCAGGAGCACAUCAGCGAUCCCAAGUCGUAUGGCAUCUACAUUGUCGAUCGUCGCUACAUCGGCCUCGAGGACAGUAUCCAGCAGUUGUCCAGCUUCAUGAUGGACUUCUCGCGUCUGAAUCGCCGCCAGCGUAUCAUACAGCGCAAUCGCACGGAGCGUCUCAGCGAUUUGCUCGACUGGCGUACCCUGGGCAUUUACUACAGACAGGCCAGGGUCAAGGCCUUGCAGGCCGUCUAUCCGGACUAUGUGGAUGAGUCAGCCUAUGGCUCACGCAACAAUCUGGUGUUCUCGCGGCCACAGAGUGAACCGCCCAGCCCCACCAUCAUCGCGCCACACUACACCGGCGCCGUCUGUGCAUGGCUCCGAGGAUGAGGACUCCGUGGACGAGGAGACCGAACUCAAGGAAUUGGGCAUCAAGUAAAUGCUUUGUGGACCAUCAAAAUUUAGUGACGAACAAACCAACAACAAAAACAAAAAC